AUGACCCAUCUUACCAGUCUUAAGCUCGCCGUUCCCGAGAAAGGUCAUAAACAAGUUGCCGGCACGUCCUGCUUACCUGCGCUGCAAUCUCUCAGCCUAGAGCCGGAAAGGCUUGAUGAGCACUGCCUGGCUCUCGUCAAACUGGCCACCUCUGGGAGUCUCGACAAUAUCUCCAUCGACAUCGUACUAGGCAAUGUCACGACAGACAUGCUCAAGUCCUUCGUGCGCGAGCUUGUAAGCUACCCGCCGCGUGCAUUCUCUGUCACGGGAACUCUUUCGAACAUAAGCUACGAUGGCCGCUUGAACAUCUCCGAGGCGGCUCUGCACGCUCUGCAGCCACUACUGCUCCACCGCAAAAUGGCAUCACUGAAGAUCAGUAUGGGCAAUCUGAGAAUCACCCCGAACCUCCUCUCCGCGCUGGGCAGCGCCUACCCCGCACUGUAG